GAAAUUUCUGCCUUACUUCCCCCACCUCCCCCUUCUUCCCCUUCCCUGCCACUAAGCAUAUUUUGGGCUGAGCUGACUUUAUAUCUUCCUUUUUUACAUUCGUACCCAGAGACGUGGGGAAUCCCAUCAACCAGCGAGUUCUCCAUUCCACGGAUUCUACUCAAGUCCCCUUGCUUCCAAGGUCCCGAGUCUCAGACAGAUCCCCUCCCAUUCGUUCGUCUUACUUUCUUGUUGGACGCUGCGAUUGUUACCCAGGAGCCAGAGACGUGGAACUGAAACGCCCAUCAACUGGCAGUCACUGUCUCCUCCAGUACCCACUCGGUUCCACGAGACCAGAGCACGAAUCACUGACAGCCUUUCUCACUUUUUGUUGGUGGUAUAUGCGUCCUGUGGUCUCAAUGCAGUGAACAGACAGUUAUUGUCUCUAUUGUACUGCAUCCCUAAAUGUUUGUUCUCAGGCUGACAAUAGCAAGGCUGAGUCUAGUCCCGUGACUGCAGCACAAGGCUGAGACCGAAGUUUACCCGACAAGGCUCGCAUCCCUUGUUUCAAACAUCACCUAACCACGUUUCAACCCUGUGAUCUUUAGCAACUGACCUGACCGCAUGCACCCAUUCACAUCCCUCAUAGUCGGGCUACUUACCGCAUCCAGAAGGGCAUAAUACCUCGUCUUUCAGGUUUCCCUCCCACUUCCUUCAACAUAUCUAGAUCCACAACGGAUCUCAACCCUUUCAUCCCACAACCCCUUUCUUUCGCUCUUUCAGGGACAUCUGUCUACCCUGGUCAAAAUAAGUGAGUAACCUCUCUCAUCAUACAGAGCAAUGCAGGCACAGAGCAGUUUGCAGGCACACCUUGCUUGUUCAAAGAUGGCAACACCUGAGUUUGAAGUCCAGCGGAUCUCUCCCCCGGACCAAGAUCCGCUCCGGGGUCACCGCUUAGUCGUCAAGCCAUGCGCUGCUGAGUCGUCAAGCCAUGCGCUGCUGAGUUGUCAAGCCAUGCAGUGCUUAGUCGUCGAGCUGUGCUGAGUCGUCAAGCCCUGUCCCAACAUCGGCGCUGAUGUCAGCCACUGCGCUUCCCACGCUCACAUGACCAAACAUCCAAACACCAAAGACCAAUGGACCGCAAAGACCGAAAAGUCCAAACAUAGCCAGCCAAGGCUACAGGGACAUGUGUUCAGACAGCGAGAGAUAAAGAGACAGUCCUUGUCCCUUGCUCAUCGCUGUGCUGGACCACAUUGAACCAGUGACAAAGGCAAAAAAAAAGCAAAAACCAACUGGGACAGAGGACUUCAACAGGCAUACUCUGACAAACUACUCAUACACUGCCUGUGAAGCCAUUUCCCCCCAGUUGGCAACAGAAAUUGAACUACAAUAAUCUAUAUGCUACCAGACCCACCACCAUACUCAAUAAAACUCGGCUUCCUACAGGCCCAUGGCACUCCAAUGAGAACGUAUAUUGUCCUGAAGGAAUUGCAUUCUCAAAUCCAAUGCAGGAGAGGCAGAAGCAAAAAGAAAGAAAAAAAAGCAAAAAAGGAAAAAACCAACUGGGACAGAUAACCGCAGCAGGCACACUCUGACAAACUACUCAUACACUGCCUGUGCAGCCAUCUCCCCCAGUUGGCAACAGGAAUUGGGCAACAAUAAUCUAUAUGCUGCCAUUCUUCACUUCUGAUCAUCACCACGGUCAACAAACUCGGUUUCUUACAAGUCUAUGGCAUUCCAAUGCCCCAAGAUACGUCUGGUACGGUCCUGAAGGCAUUGAAUUGUCAAACUGAUGCAGGAAAGGCAGAAGCCAAAAAAUGAAAAUGCCAAAAAAAAAAAAAGCAAAAACCAACUGGGACAGACGACUUCGACAGGCGCACUCUGACAGACACACUCUGACAAAUUACUCAUACACUGCCUGCGAAGCCAUCUCCCCCAGUUGGUACCAGAAAUUGGACGACAAUAACCUAUAUGCUACUAUUUCCCAAGGGCCCCACCCGGUCCACCACCACCAUCAACAGAAUUCGGUUUCGUACACGUCUAUGGCAUUCCAAUGCCAAAAAAUGGUCUUGCAUGCCCUGAAGGCAUUGCAUCUUCCAUCCAAUGCAGGAAACGCAGAAGCAAAAAAAGAGCCCCCGAAAAAAAUCGACUGGACGGGCCCCGAGCAACUCCGACUCGGACAAUACUACUCAAACACGAGCCACAUCAGAGACACUGCCCAGCCGAUUGAGGGUAAAUUUGGGCAUUGCAGUCUAUACACUACUAUUUUUCCCGAAUUCCCGCAGUGCACCACUACCGCGAUCAACAAAACACGGGUUUGUGCAGCCGAGGCAUUGCAAUGAGUCUUGUAUGGUGCCGAAGGCAAUCUAUACCACCACUGACCAGAAGAAUGGUUUGGUAUGGCUCCGAGGCAUUCCAAUGAAUCUUGUAUGGACCUGCAGGCAUCGCAUUGCAUUCUCAAGCCAAUGCAAAAUAAAAAGGCAAAAAUUCGAAAAGGCAAAAAGGGAUAACCCCCCUCCGAACGAGUGAAGGAGGAGGGGAUCGGCUGGAGGGGUUCUUCUAACGGACUGCUAUAAGGUAUAGUACCCAGACAAAUUAUAGGUGAGUAAACUCAAACAAGAAGAAGGUAUGUUACUCUGACAAGUAUACUCAUACAAGAGAAGGUGUGUACUACUCUGACAAAUUAUACUCAUACAAGAGAAGGUAUACCACUCAGACAAGUAUACUCAAACAAGCAGUCCGUUAGAGUCACCGAUCCAACCGAUCGAAAGCAAAUUGCGGGAGUGUAAAACAUAUGUUUCUGAAUUCUGUCUGGAUCCACGUCAACAGAAUCCAUUGGUGUGAGCGGGUUUUCUGACCUCUGCUACUUUCUCUAGGCCGGCCGGGGUCCAGGAUCUGGCUUUUUCCGCAGCGUACUAUAUGCAUCCGUGGUCACUGGCAGUGAUUAUCUAGGUGCUCUACUGGUGGUCACAUGUUGUUCGUGCUGAGGCUUCUUAGGUGUGCCUACCUAGGUAUGCAGGUACUACCCAGAAACAAGCAUUGAAACAGAUAAAGAAAGAUGCAAAUACAACUGCAAACUCACAGCAUUGGACAGUGCAGGCACAUCAAUGGGCACAACUGCAGAAUCACAGCAUUUACCAGAACAAGCACAAGCAAGAGGCACAGCAUCUACCAGAACGAGCACAAGCAAGAGGCACAAGCAACAGCCACACUCAAACACACAAGGAACCAAAUACAGCACUGGACCAAAAGGCAGAAUGAUUUCAUUGAAAGCUCUGGAAAUAAACACACAGGUAGCCAACUAAUCACAAACAAUACAAUCCCUGGCCGCAUGCACAACAUUACUAGUAUACUACAGUCUACUUCCAUCUCACCCCCAGCCGAUUCCAAUACAAUGGCCAAAAUUCACACAGAGCAGGUGAAGGAGCCUCACUUCCACUUGUCCUCCCGGGCCUCCCUGCAUAUCACUCCACAUACAACCAAGGUCUUAGACAUUCAUUCCAUCAAUCAAUCAAUCAAUCAAUCUACACAGCCUGCAAAGUUCAGUUCACAAGCAAGAGUAACGAUUAAGCAAGAAAAGGAAACCUGGCUGGGACCGGAGUGAACCACCUUCUACUGCCAGAGCACCCACCCCCAUCAUACUAGUAUCGACCGUUGAACAUUCCUGGGCAUAUACUUUCUUUCAGAGGUGCAAUGCACUCCAUGUCACCGUCAGAAAGGAAAGCCAGUUAACAGCAGAUAAAAAUCAAGACGAAAAAGACCUUCAACAAGCUGCAACUUAAGCUGGGCUGGUCCUGUACAGUACAACCUGGGUGGCAACAGGUUACAGGGGCUAACCCGCAAAUGAACCUAAUUUAGUACCAGAUCAAUUGAAAACGGUCGAGUCCUUCAAGUUCCUUUUGACCGCUUCAAACUGAAUCAAACUCUCCUGUACAAGAGGCAAAAGCACAAUGUGCAUGUUAAAGUUGAGCUCAACUAGUAUUAGACAAUGUAUCAAGCCGAGGGCUGCAUUGCAUUGCCCAAAAGCACACUGUCAAUGUGCAAGUUCUUCCUUUCCUCCCAACCAUCUCUAUCCUGUCAACUAGACUCUUACUCCAACAACAGCGCUGCAAAAGAAUGUACCAGAGGGCGAAAGCCAGUCCAGACUCCAGACCUGCCUCAACAACACUCAAAAUCAAACAGCCUGCUGAGCAACAUAAAGCCUCCUACAAACCCGAAACUUUGAGACUAUGCUCGAUGCCCCUCUUUCUCUGUGCAUCCAGCACCAGCAACCCUCGUUCCUUCAUGACGGCUUCGAUUGUCUCAACAACCUUGUAGAAGCUGCUGGCCGCACCCUUCUCCUGGGUGAAUUUCAU